AUGGCGGCGCGCUGGAGCCCAUGUGGCCAGUUGCCACGAUGGCAGGAGGCGUGAAUAAUCACGCCCUACGCGUCCUCAUCCUUUGCGUACUGUGGUACAUUGUCAGCUCCAGCAACAAUGUGAUCGGAAAAACCCUUCUCAUGAGAUUCAGUUACCCAAUGACUGUCACCAUGGUGCAAUUAGUGUCCAUCACCGUGUAUUCCGGACCCCUUUUCAAGUUGUGGGGGGUUAGGACGCGUAUGGAAUACGGUAGUAAAUAUUGGUGGAGAGUGAUCAUUCCACUCGCCUUCGGCAAAUUUGUUGCAUCCGUCUCCGCACACGUCAGCUUAUGGAAGGUUUCGGUUUCUUAUUCUCAUACAGGAGGAGAGCUUGACUGGAAAUAUGUACUUGGUUUAGUUUCACUUUGCAUUCUAUGGGUUGCCAUCAGUACAGCCAUGAAUGUCAUAAACAAGGUUGUUCUCAUGCGUCUCCCAUAUCCAGUGACAGUGGCUGGUGUCCAACUACUUUCAAUAGUUGUUUUCAAUUUUUCAUUUGUCACAUCCUGUAACCUUUCAAGUGACAAGGAACAAUAUAUUUCAUGGAAGUACCAUUGCAUGUUUAUCAUUCCUCUUGCCUUUGGGAAGUUUGUGACUUCAGUUGCUUCACAUUUUGGAUUGUGGAAAAUCUCACUUUCAUAUAUGCAAACAGUCAAGGCAUCUAUGCCUCUCUUCACUGUGAUUCUCACCAGAGUCCUGUUUGGAGAAAUUCAACCCAGAUCUGUGCUGCUGGACACUGGGAUUCACCAUCUGAGACUCCUUCAACUCUUGGGACAACUUGCCCUCCUCAUGUUUCUCCCAUUGUGGCUGUUGUCUGACUGUCGAACCAUCCUCUCUGACUCUUCCAUUUUUGAGGGAAAUUUUCAAGAGACAAUCUUGCUUCUCUUCAUGGACGGGUUUCUCAACUGGCUACAGAACAUCAUUGCCUUCAGUGUGUUGUCCUUGGUCACCCCACUUUCUUAUGCAGUUGCCAAUGCAUCAAAGCGUAUCUGCAUCAUCUCCAUAUCUUUGUUGACCCUUCGAAAUCCUGUGACACCCCUGAAUAUCUUUGGAAUGAUGCUUGCUAUCAUCGGUGUCUUCCUCUACAAUAAGGUACAGGCUAAAUAUGAUGCUCACAGACAAGCCAAGGCCAAACCAAUACUCCCAGUGAUUAAGGGCCCAUCAGAGGCAUCCAAGAGCCUCCUGUUCUCUGAUGUUGCAGAUACUUUGCCAAGGAAUUCAUAUCAUCUCUCAUUACCACCAGAGGGGAACGGACCCUACAGGAGUUCUCUUGGUGACACUAAACUGAAUGAAAUUGAAAAGAGCCAUCAAGUGUUUGCACGACUCGGGAAUGCGAAUUUCCAAGAUUUCUCGACGACUGAAUGUGCUGGAUUCGACCUUCAGGAAAGCGAUGAAGCGCUACGAGGAGCUCGGUACAUCGUC